AGGUAGGCUGCCAUCUGGCGCAGGAAAUCACCGUUAAUCCGAACUCAUAAAAGAUCUUUCCAGAGCGGCUUUAAGUAAGACAAUAAAUACAUACUAUAUGUAUGUAUGUAAAUGUCCACAUUUUCGCAACUAAGUGCAUAAGUACCGUCCAGCUGCCAAAAAUAAACUACCUUUUUACUACCUGUUGCUAAAUCCUCGACUUGAAAAAUGGCUGCCGGAUUUAAUUUCUUCGAAAGGGAUUCUUCUAACCCAACAAAUAGCGAGACGCCUGAACUUUGCACGUCAGUCGUCAGAACAACGGAGCCGCACACUUAUCACUCACAGACUGCGAUUCAUCCCACCGUGCAGUUUUCGCAUCCCUACCAUCAGUACUUAAGCCAAUUCGCGCCCAACUUUGUGCCCUACUACUAUCGCCUGCUAACGCGUCCCAUUGUCAAGCAGGAGGAGAUGGACAUUGAAAACUAUAUGAAUUUCGAACUGGCCGCCCAGCAGACGGUAAUGCGUCAGCGCACCUUUAAGCCUUUGGGCCAGCUCCAAAUCCAUCCAUUGAUGCAGUCACCGUUACAAAGGAAUCCGGUAAAAGUUCAGCGUGUAAGGGAAGUUCGGCAGAAUUCUCCUCCUGUACCCCAUAGGCGCAUCAUUAACGCUCAAAUUGUGGCCAUAGCCACACCUUCAGGAGGCAUACAGGAAGUAAAACCAUCAGUGAAACCUUUGCCUCCCGUGGAAGAGUCCGUCAAACAGCAAGUAGCCAAAAUCCAGAAGAGUCAGGAUCAUUACCAAGAGCUUUUUGGCCGCCUCACCUCUAUGUUGCGAACCCUGAAUCAGCGGUAUGAUAACGAUUACGAGGAGGUGCCUGCACCGCCAUUAAAAAGGCCGCGUCACAUGUCCACCAGUUCUGCGGAGUCACAACUCCAAGAUAAUACCAAUGUGUCGGACGCGUCCUCUGACAACGAAAGGCAAUAUCCGCAUCGAGUGCAAAGGGCAGACGGAAGCGCCUUCUACGUGCUAGGACCUAAUGGCACGCAAAUCACUGCAACCCAAUACGGCGAGGUUUUCUGGACUAAUGCACCGGUGGCCACCAGGUGUCUCUUAAGCGCUGUAUUCAGCAGUGAUGAGCUUGCUACGCAUACACUAACGGGAAAACCUUCCCCAGCGUUUUAUGGCCGUGAAAGACCACCCAAGCUACAAUUGGAUCAAGGCAAAGUGGAGGACAUCGUUCUAAGUGUCAAAAGUCGUACUGGUGGCAAGGAACGCAUUAUCCGGGCCACUAUUACAACCAAGUGCGCCGACACAGCUAAGAAGUAUAAGCGCCGUGCGAAAAAGGCUCAGAAAAUCAAGGAAGAAUACUAAGAAGCUAGAUUAAAUCCAGCUAUAAAAUCUAGGAACAAAUAUUUAAAAAAUUCUUUAGGAUCUCGACGACGUGCUAGAAAAAAAGCACAGAAAGCUACUGUAUUUUAAUAGCUGCAUGUAGUAUAAAUUUUCCAAUAAAAGUUAUUGGUUGAUUGUGGAAACUGAAACAGAAAUAAAGCACUUUUAACUUAA